GGCAACCCUGGGGAUAUUAUGGGAUGCUUGCUCCCUUUUUUUCAUCCCCUUUUCUUUGUGUGUGGGUCUGGCGGGGGUGCUUGAUCCUUCGGUGCUGAGAACGGAGAAGCCAUUUUAUAACGCUGUGAGGAGUUGUACUGUACAAAUACAACGAGAUUUGACCUGAAUUUUGUACCGACCCAACGAAAAUAAACACAGGACAUAGACGGCGAACUGCGGCAACCGGCUGAUAGGCCGCGGAACAUACAAAACAUUUGGAUAAUAGUAUUUUUGUUAACAACAACUGUGGGAUUUAUUUUGUAUUAGUUUGCUUAGAAUAACAUUUUUAGUAGGUAUUCAUGUGUAUGUGUUGUUUUUUUUUUUUAAAUUAAACAAGCCCUCUGUAUAACCACGCUUCACUUGAACCUGCCUUCACGAACCGGCAUAUAGUGGAGUACGGACCGAGGCAGACAAAGGACACCCCUUGACAAAAAUAGAAAAUGUCGGGCAGCGAAGAUGAUAUGCCAGAGUUUGGUGAAAACGAGGACCGCUCUGUGCUUCAAGAUAAUGACGAGGAUUUAGACGAGGACCUCUCCGAAAGUGACACCCCGAAACCCAAGAAGAAAAAGAAACCCAAGAAACAGAGCAAGACCCCCAAAUCCAAACGAGGGAAAAAGGAGGAUAUGGACGCCAGCUCCCCCGAAGCGGGUGACUUCAUGGUGGAGGAUGACAAGGAGGCCCGAUCGGAGAGCGAAGGGAGCGACUACACCCCUGGGAAGAAGAAGAAGAAGCAGCGACUUAGCGCUAGGAAGGAGAAGAAGGCGGGAGGAGGAGGAGGAGGAGGGCUGGGGGCAACGCUGGGGGGCAGCGGGAGCAGCAAGGCAAAGAGGAAGGAGCCCGAGCCGGAGCCGGAGGAGGAGGAAGAGGAGGAGGAGGAGGACGAUGAUGACGACUCAAAGGAGCCCAAGACCUCCGCUCAGCUCCUGCAGGACUGGGGGAUGCAGGAUAUUGACCACGUCUUCUCUGAGGAGGACUAUCGAACCCUCACCAACUACAAGGCCUUCAGCCAGUUUGUGAGGCCUCUGAUCGCUGCCAAGAACCCGAAGAUCGCCGUGUCGAAGAUGAUGAUGGUCCUGGGUGCGAAGUGGCGCGAGUUCAGUACCAACAACCCCCUGAGGGGGAGCUCCGGAGCAUCAGCCGCUGCUGCAGCUGCUGCUGUGGCUGCAGUCGUGGAGAGCAUGGUGGCCAAUCAGGAGGGAGGGGUCGGGCCUUCUGCCCCCAGCUGCACAGAGCCCCCUGCAGCUCCGGCUGAGGCACUGCCGCCGGUUCGCAAAGCCAAGACCAAGGAGGGCAAAGGCCCAAACGCUCGGCGCAAGACCAAAACAGCCCCCAAAGCUCCCGAGAAGAAGAGCAAAGCCAAGAAGGUGGCUCCCCUGAAAAUCAAACUGGGAGGGUUCGGGAGCAAGCGCAAGAGAUCAUCCAGCGAGGAGGAUGAUCUCGAUGUGGACUCUGACUUCGAUGACGGCAGCAUGAACAGCUACUCCGUCUCGGAUGGGUCCGCCAGCCGCAGCAGCAGGGGGCGCCGCAAAGCCAAGGCAACGCGCAAGAAAAAGAAAGGAGACGAGGAUGCUGAUGGCUACGAGACGGAUCACCAGGAUUACUGCGAGGUGUGCCAGCAAGGCGGAGAGAUCAUCCUGUGCGACACCUGUCCUCGAGCCUACCACAUGGUGUGCCUGGACCCCGACAUGGAGAAAGCUCCCGAGGGCAAGUGGAGCUGCCCUCACUGUGAGAAGGAAGGGGUGCAGUGGGAGGCGAAGGAGGAUGUGUCGGAAGCAGAGGAGGAUGUGGAAGAAGCCGCCGUGGAGGAGGACGAUCACCACAUGGAGUUCUGCAGGGUGUGCAAGGAUGGGGGGGAGCUGCUGUGCUGUGACACCUGCCCCUCCUCCUACCACAUUCACUGCCUCAACCCGCCCUUGCCAGAGAUACCCAACGGGGAGUGGGUGUGUCCUCGCUGCACUUGCCUCCCGAUGAAGGGCAAGGUGCAGAAGAUCCUAACCUGGCGCUGGGGGGAGCCCCCCUCCCCCACCUCGGUCCCCAGGCCUGUCAGCUCCGCCCCGGAUGCACCCCACCCAAAGCCUCUGCAGGGGCGCCCCGAGAGGGAGUUCUUCGUCAAGUGGAGCAACAUGUCCUACUGGCACAGCUCGUGGGUCUCUGAGCUGCAGUUGGAGCUGCACUGCCAGGUGAUGUUCAGGAAUUACCAACGUAAGAACGACAUGGACGAGCCUCCCCCCGUGGACUUCGGGUGCGAGGGGGACGAGGAUAAGAGCACCAAGCGCAAGAACAAGGACCCCCUGUAUGCAGAGAUGGAGGAGCGCUUCUACCGCUUCGGCAUCAAGCCUGAGUGGAUGAUGAUCCACAGGGUGCUCAACCACAGCGUGGAUAAGAAGAACAAUGUGCACUACCUGAUCAAGUGGAGGGAUCUGGCCUACGACCAGGCUACCUGGGAGUCAGAGGACAUAGAAAUCCCGGAGUACGACUCCUUCAAGCAGAGUUACUGGCACCACAGAGAGCUGAUGAUGGGGGAGGAUGGGCGCCCCGGGAAGAAGGUGAAGCUCAAAGGGAAGCUGAAGAAGCUGGAUCGACCCCCGGAGAACCCUGUAGUGGAUCCCACGAUCAAGUUUGACCGACAGCCGGAUUACCUGGACUCCACGGGGGGCACGCUGCACGGGUACCAGCUGGAGGGGCUCAACUGGCUGCGCUUCUCCUGGGCUCAGGGCACCGACACCAUCCUGGCAGACGAGAUGGGGCUGGGCAAGACCGUGCAGACCGCAGUGUUCCUGUCCUCUCUGUACAAGGAGGGUCACUCGAAGGGGCCCUUCCUGGUCAGCGCCCCGCUCUCCACCAUUAUAAACUGGGAGCGCGAGUUCGAGUUGUGGGCGCCUGAAUUGUACGUAGUCACAUACGUGGGAGACAAGGACAGCAGAGCCGUGAUCCGCGAGAACGAGUUCUCCUUUGAGGACAACGCCAUCCGUGGGGGCAAGAAGGCGUCCAGGAUGAAGAAAGAGGCGUCGGUGAAGUUUCACGUGCUCCUGACCUCGUAUGAGCUGAUCACCAUCGACAUGGCCAUACUGGGGUCCAUCAACUGGGCAGCACUGGUGGUGGACGAGGCCCACAGGCUCAAGAACAACCAGUCCAAGUUUUUCCGCGUGCUGAAUAACUACCCUCUGCAACACAAGCUGCUUCUCACAGGAACCCCCCUGCAGAAUAACCUGGAAGAGCUCUUCCACCUGCUCAAUUUCCUCACCCCAGAGAGGUUCAAUAACCUGGAGGGCUUCCUGGAGGAGUUUGCUGACAUUGCAAAGGAGGAUCAGAUCAAGAAGCUGCAUGACAUGCUGGGGCCUCACAUGCUGAGGAGGCUGAAGGCCGACGUCUUCAAGAACAUGCCGUCCAAGACAGAGCUGAUCGUCAGGGUCGAGCUGAGCCCCAUGCAGAAGAAGUACUACAAGUUCAUCCUGACCAGGAAUUUCGAUGCUCUGAACACCAGGGGUGGGGGCAACCAGGUCUCCCUGCUCAAUGUGGUGAUGGACCUCAAGAAGUGCUGCAACCACCCCUACCUCUUCCCAGUCGCAGCAAUGGAAGCCCCGAAGAUGCCAAAUGGGAUGUACGAUGGCAGCACGCUCACCAAGGCUGCCGGGAAGCUGUUCCUGCUGCAGAAGAUGCUACGCAAACUGAAGGACGGCGGACACAGAGUGCUGAUCUUCUCACAGAUGACGAAAAUGCUGGACUUACUGGAGGAUUUCCUGGAGCACGAGGGGUACAAGUAUGAGCGCAUCGAUGGAGGAAUCACCGGAGGCAUGCGGCAGGAGGCCAUCGACAGGUUCAAUGCCCCGGGCGCACCUCAGUUCUGCUUCCUGCUGUCGACCCGCGCCGGAGGGUUGGGGAUCAAUCUUGCCACCGCUGACACUGUGGUGAUCUACGACUCUGACUGGAACCCGCACAACGAUAUCCAGGCGUUCAGUCGCGCUCACCGUAUCGGGCAGAACAGGAAGGUGAUGAUUUACCGCUUUGUGACGAAGGCCUCGGUGGAGGAACGCAUCACACAGGUAGCCAAGAAGAAGAUGAUGCUGACCCACCUGGUGGUGCGGCCCGGCCUGGGCUCCAAGACUGGCUCCAUGUCCAAGCAGGAGCUCGACGACAUCCUGAAGUUCGGCACGGAGGAGCUGUUCAAGGACGAGUUUGGGGAGGGAGAGAACAAGGAGGGCGAGGACAGCAGUGUGAUCCACUAUGAUGACAAAGCCAUCGACCGGCUGCUAGACCGUAACCAGGACGCCACGGACGACACAGAGAUCCAGAGCAUGAACGAGUACCUGAGCUCCUUCAAGGUGGCACAAUACGUGGUGAAGGAUGAGGAGGAGGCGGAGGAGGAGGAGGUUCAGCGUGAGAUCAUUAAGCAGGAGGAGAGUGUGGACCCAGAUUACUGGGAGAAGCUGCUGAGGCAUCACUAUGAGCAGCAGCAGCAGGACCUGGCCAGGAACCUGGGUAAAGGCAAGAGGGUGAGGAAGCAGGUCAACUACAACGAUGGCUCCCAAGAGGACAGAGGUAAAGACUGGCAGGACGACCAGUCAGAUAACCAAUCGGAUUACUCUGUGGCGUCGGAGGAAGGUGAUGAGGACUUUGACGAGCGAACAGAAAACGCUCGUCGGCCGAGCAGGAAGGGUCUCCGGAAUGACAAGGACAAGCCGCUGCCGCCCCUGCUGGCUCGAGUGGGGGGCAACAUCGAGGUAUUGGGAUUCAAUGCUCGGCAGCGCAAGGCCUUCCUGAACGCCAUCAUGCGCUAUGGCAUGCCCCCACAGGACGCCUUCACCACGCAGUGGCUCGUACGGGACCUCCGCGGCAAAUCUGAGAAAGAGUUCAAAGCGUACGUGUCCCUGUUCAUGCGUCACCUGUGUGAGCCGGGUGCGGACGGAGCGGAGACCUUUGCGGAUGGGGUCCCGCGGGAGGGGCUGUCCCGCCAGCACGUGCUGACCAGGAUCGGGGUCAUGUCCCUCAUCCGCAAGAAGGUUCAGGAGUUCGAGCACGUGAACGGUCAGUGGAGCAUGCCUGAGCUCAUGGAAGCCGAGGAGAACAAGAAGAUCCUGAGACCAGACUCCCCCACCCCCAAAACACCGACCCCCAGCACCCCUGGAGACACACAGCCCAACACACCGGCCACCACAGCCUCCAGCACAGAGGAGUCUAUGAAAACGGAUGAAGUGGGGAAGGAGAAAGAGAAGGAAGGGGAGACGGAGGGCAAGGAGUCUCCUGCCAAGCUGGAGGAGCAGGCUGAGGAGUCUAAAGCCCCAGAAGGGGAACUAAAGGCCACAGAACAAUCUCAGAAACCUUUGACCGAAGAGAGUAAGGAUGGAGAGAAGGACAAAGAAAUAAAGGAGAAGAAAGCCGAAGAGGGGGAGAUCGUCAAAGGUGAAGGUUCGGAGGGCAAGGAGAAGGCAGAGGAGCCGAUGGAGACUGACGCAGUGGAGGAGAAGGAGGAAAAGCAGCUCCCUGUUGAAAAGAUGGACACCAGCCCUGCUGUGGACAUGAAGAAAGAGCAAAAGGAUGAGAAGCUGGAGGCAGUGAAGCCGGAGGCUGAGAAGGGAGCAGGGGGAGCGUUGGCAGCGGAAUCAAAGCUGCAGAACGGAGAGCUGGUGAAGGAACCGAGCGAGGAGAAGAAGAGAGCCAUGAAGCAGCGGUUCAUGUUCAACAUCGCUGAUGGGGGCUUCACAGAACUGCACUCGCUGUGGCAAAACGAAGAGCGCGCCGCCACCGUCACCAAAAAGACCUAUGAGAUCUGGCACCGUCGCCAUGACUACUGGCUGCUCGCUGGCAUCAUCAAUCAUGGCUACGCUCGCUGGCAGGACAUUCAGAACGACCCCAAGUACGGGAUCCUGAACGAGCCCUUCAAGGGAGAGAUGAACCGGGGCAACUUCCUGGAGAUCAAAAACAAGUUCUUGGCACGCAGGUUCAAGCUGUUGGAGCAGGCCCUUGUGAUUGAGGAGCAGCUGCGGCGCGCUGCCUACCUCAACAUGUCCGAGGACCCUUCCCACCCCUCCAUGGCUCUCAACACCAGGUUUGCGGAGGUCGAGUGCCUGGCAGAGUCCCACCAGCACCUGUCCAAAGAGUCCAUGGCAGGGAACAAGCCGGCCAAUGCAGUCCUGCACAAAGUUCUUAAGCAGUUGGAGGAGUUACUAAGCGACAUGAAGGCUGAUGUGACCCGUCUCCCGGCAACCAUCGCCAGGAUUCCGCCGGUUGCCGUGAGGCUGCAGAUGUCCGAGAGGAAUAUACUCAGCCGAUUGGCCAGCCGGGGACCCGAGCCACAACCACAGCAGGUGGCACAGCAGUAGAAACGGUGCCCCCUUCUGGAUUAACAAGGGAAUUCCAACCAACUGCAAUCCCUCCCACAACAUUCCUUCAAUCCUGAUUGGCACGCAGCUGCUGAAUUCAUACCCCCUGCUUACUGAGACCACACCUCUCUCGAACUUCUCUGACCAGAAAAAAAAUGAUUUUGGUUUAUUUUCUUGUUGUGUGUUUUUGUUUUGUUUGUUUUUUUGGACUUUCACUUUUAAAUACAAAGACAGACACAGAACAACUUUUUUCUUUUUAUAAAAACUAUACAAAGAAAAAAACGUGGUUUUAGAAUGAAUGAAAAACAAAGGACGACAAGGACUUGAAUAACUUCUGUACAUAUUAUUGUUUAGUACACAACAGGUGGCAAUAUGGGGGGUAGGGGGAGAACCUUAAACGAAAAUAAAAAUACUUGAAGUCAAACGUUUCUCAAGGUUUUAUUUAUUUUUUUGGUUUUUUUUUUCCUUUUUGAAGAGUUACUGUCUGUUACAGUCAGUCCCGGUCUAUCUGUAGCGAUUGGUGUUCCACCCUGCUCCUGAAAUCGAGGCUUUGGUUUGUUUGCUGGUUUCUUGCUUUCUUUUUGAAUUUGCAUUGCAGUCUAGUGCUGGCGCGCAGAGUCUAGACUCCGCUAUCAGUGUAGAUACAGCCUGUUUCAAGUGGAAAACAAUACCUGUUAAACUCCAUAUUUAGUUCCAGUUCAGAUCAAAAAGCUGGAACCAUGAGGGUGCUUGAGGAGCAGAGCUGGAACCCACUGAUCUACAGAGAGAGAGAACGAGGGAGAGAAAGAGAGGUGCUCUCUGAGGGCUAAAGAGAAAAAGAAUCUUGACUUUUCAGCGCACACUUGGCUACCUCUGUUGUGCUUUUAGAAAUAAAUAAUAAGCAAAAAUGGAUUGUGUACUACUUGUAUAUUUAAAAAUAAAAAAAUAAAUGAAAACACAAA